AUGGCCACAUCCUCCCAGUACUGCCAGCUGCAGAGUGACUAUGGACCGCCAUCUCACACGCAGGGAACAGGGAACAGCCAGGUGCCCCAGAACAAAUAUGUUGAGCUGCUGGCCAUCACCGAAGAGCUGGGGAAGGAGAUCCCACCCACGCACAUGGGCAGCAAGAGUGCGAUGGAAAGACUGAAACGAGGCAUCAUCCACGUGAGAGGGCUGGUUCGGGAGUGCUUGGCCGAGAGGGAGCGGAAUGCCAGGUCCUAGCCUCUGAGUCAGCGCGAAAGGCUUUCCAUCUUCCCCCUUCAGAGGAAAUUUGGUUUCAAAAUGGUAACAGCUUGGUUUCUCCUCCCCGUGCCUCUCCCGUGGUUCGUCAGGCUCUGAACUUCCCGUCGCUGAGAUGGAGAAGAGAUUUUUGCAGUUAUUAGGUUUACAUGUUA